AUGGUUGCAGACGAGGGUGCCAACCCUCUCUUCCUCGGCUGGGUGAAGGAGUGGUGGGACCUGGCCAAGGAGAGAAACACAAAAGGUGUGCUCGCAUACAGAACUGCGCACGAAUCGUUGAGGGUCUGCCCACUGCGGUUUCAGCACCCGAAUGAGCUCAUGGCACUGCGAGGAUUCGGGCCUAAGAUGUGCAGCCGGCUGACAGAAAAGCUGGCAUUGCACUGCACGGAAAACGGAUUGCCGAUGCCGAAGAAACGGUCAGCAGCUCGAGUGUCGAGAAGCGGAGUCAGCAGGGCAGAGACAGGCGAAGACGGAGCAGCAGCAGCAGCAGCAGCAGCUGAAGGACGUCAAACAGCGAGAGCGGCAACAAACACAGGAACAGGGACGAGAAAACGAAAGUCGUACGUGCCUGUACUGCGACAGGGCGGCUAUGCCAUCAUUAUGGCGCUGUCGUCGCCCGAGGCGGACGGACGACAGUGGAUGGGGAAGCAGGAGGUGAUUGAGCUGGCACAACCGCACUGCGACACUUCUUUCACGGUGAAGCCACCGGGCAAGUUCUACACGGCGUGGGACUCGAUCAAAACUCUGCUGAACAACGACCUGGUGAUGGAGCGCGGGCGGCCAUCGCGGCGGUACGCGCUGACAGAAGAGGGCUGGGAGAUCGCCCAGCGAUUCCGGCAGGUGAUUGGAGGGGAGGCAGGAGACGGAGGAGCAGCGAGAGGAAGGGGACAGGACGUGGGACCGAUCGACGUUGACGGCCAGCAGACGACAGACGGUAGAGGACGGCCGCGGCCGAUCAGCGAGCUGGUGCCAGACGGCGAUGAUGAUGGCAGUGGCAACGGCAGCAGCAACGGCAGCGGCCUGGACGGGCUGCCGACCAUGGAACCGAUCGAGCUGCCGGCCGGGUCAUUCACGGUACAGCUGGUGUUGGACACGCGUGAGCGCGUCAGUGGACAGCGCACGUACAUGGAGGAUGAGCUGGCGAAGCUGGGAACGCGGCCAUCGGUGCGGGCGCUCUCGCUGGGGGACGCGCUCUGGGUGGCCAAGUGCCACGACGCACAGCAGCUCAGCCGCAGCGGGGCCGAAGGCGAUGAGGUGGUGUUGGACUGGCUCAUCGAGCGCAAGCGACAGGACGAUCUGGUCAGCAGCAUUCGCGACGGUCGGUUCCACGAGCAAAAGUUCCGGCAGCGUCGCUGCGGCCUGCGCAACGUCGUCUAUGUGGUUGAGGACGGUGGCCUGGACGCGGACGGGCUGCACCGUCACGAAGAGGCCAUGCGCUCGGCCGUGGCUGCCACUCAGCUCGUUCACGGCUGCUUCGUCAAGCGCACGCGCUCCGUCGACGACACCAUCGCCUAUCUGGCCCGCCUGACGCGUGUGCUGCAGCGCCGCUAUUCCGGCCGGUCACUGCGCGUGAUUCCAACCAGCUCGCUCACGGCGCGGAACUACCUGCCACUGCUGCGACAGCUGCGAAACGAAGAGCAGGCGCAGACAGCAUCCAUAUCACGUGACGUCGAGUACUGCGUCACAUAUCCGGCAUUUGCGUCGCUAACGUCCAAGUCCGAGUCGCUGACGCUGCGCGACGUCUACCUCAAGAUGCUCAUGUGUACGCGCGGCGUGACGGCCGAGCGGGCGCUCGAGGUGCAGAAGCGGUGGCGCACACCACGGGCGUUCGUGCAGGCGUACGAGCAGCUGGCUGGCGAUGGCAACGAUGUUGUUGCAGCCGGUCGAAAGCGGGCUAUGGUGUCGGACCGGCUCGGCGGACUUGCAGGGAACAAGAGACGGGUGACAAAGGCCAUCUCGGAGAAGCUGGCUGAAGCAUGGGCGGACGUGGGAGCAUUGGGAUAA